AUGGAACUGUACAGAACUCGUCUUUUUCCUCAUUCUCUCCCCUCUUCACCCAUAUGUACUCCUUUAUCCAUCCUCGAUGCUACCGUUGCCCGAUUUGCCCCAGCAGGCGCAAUCUGGCUAUUCGAUAGUUUCCCCCAGAACGUCACAGAAAGGGAAUUCAGUGAUCGUCUCCAAUCCUCCUUUGUGCAAACACUAUCCGAUUACCCCCAAUGGGCCGGUCAGCUGCAAUGGGCCCCAGCUCGGCAGAGCGGCCUUCACGGCGAGCGCUUCAACCGGCCCAUAAUAGUUUACGGGACGCCUAAUGACCCUGGAGUUGAGUGGCGUGUCAUCAAACGAGAUGACGUAUCGAUCGGAUCGCUAGUACCUUCAGCCAUUGAACGAGCUAGCGCGAGAACUUGGGACGGGGAUAACUUCCCGCAGAGAGGUUUCUUGAGUGAAGAGCCAUUGGCAUUGCAUGAUCUGCGCGAAUACCAGGGGUUACCCGGUAUGCAGGUGCAAAUCACCCUACUGAAGGACGGCGCAUACGUAAUUGGAAUCCGAAUGGCGCAUGUCCUGGCUGAUGCUCAGACGUUGAUGGUGUUUGUGCAUCAGUGGGCGGCUGCAAGUAGAGCGGCGCUUGGUUCAGAGUACACAGAUGCAUUAAUGGGGGCUCCGGUCUUUAAUCCAGCGCUCUUAGAUGCCCAUGCUGCAGGGGAUAUCGACGGCCCAGCGCCGGAUCCUGGACUGAUUGCGGCAGCGCGUGAACUGCCACUGCACCGGUUCGACUGGUGGAAGACGGACGAUACGGGAUAUCCGAAGGUAAUGGUGCCCAGUACGCUGAACUCGAUGCCUUCCCAUGAGGUACUGGACGGCAUUGAACUCUCUCCGUCGACAUCUGCACCAUGGUCAACGUGGGACCUGUCCAAACCAAUUCGCUAUACGCAGAUUUAUUUCUCAGGGGAUCAGCUGGCAGAUAUCAAACAGAAAGCGUUGGCGGACGGCCGAGGGGAUAUCUCUCGACUCGACGCAUUACUAGCUCACCUCUGGAUCUCCAUCAACCGCGCCAGGAAUCUCGCCGAUCGCCCCGAUUCCGUCUUCCUAGAUCUCUCUAUCGGCGCUCGAACACGCGUCUCUCCUCCUCUACCUGACACCUUCCUCGGAUCACCGCUCUUCCUCGCUCACGUGGGCGCAUCAGGAAAGGGCCUUUGCGCUGCAUCCAUCGGAACCAUUGCCAGCCGAAUCCGAGAGACAGUGGCCCUAUUCACACCGGAGAAGAUCAGCGCGAUGCUUCAUGACGCCGCAUACGAGAUCUCCCCGCAGCGGCUGUGGCAGGCGUUCUUGGGGUCCCGACAUGUCCUUGUAACCUCCUGGCUGCGACUGAAAGUAUACGAAGUGGACUUUGUGGGUGAUGGGAACCGUCCGCAGUAUGUGCAUGCCGUUUUGCCGAAGUUAGAUGGGGAGGUGCAGGUUAUGGAAUCGGGGGUUGAUGAUAAAGGGAUGGAUGUGGCAUUGUAUCUGGAGGAAGAGGUCAUGGAGAGGUUCCUGGCUGAACAAAGGCAGAUCACGGUGUAG